AUGUUAAUUCAUCAGUUCUAUCGCGGAAGUCAAAGGAGAAAGAUCGAAAUGUUAGCUAAAAUCCUAGUUUUUGCUGUGGUCCUGGUGGCUGCUUAUAGUGAGGAGCACUACACCCUGAAAACACACAUCCAGCAUGAGGAACCAAAGGAGUACAGGCAUAGCUACGAGCAUCUGCCUUUGAGGCUGCAUCAAGAAGCAAUCAAGGAAGUCCAGUACCAAGCUCAGCCUGAGGCUCAUGGUCAUGCCUACUCAUCUCAGAGCAUUGUGCAUCAGCAGGGUGAACAGCAAGAAUCCCACGGAGCUGAAAACGCAGCGCCCGUUUACGAGUACGGUCAGAGCUCAGAGGAGAUCGGUCUUCAGCAGCAAAACUAUCACAAGAUCCAAGCUGUUCAGUAUGCCUCUCCAGACCACCAUGAAAGCCAGGCGUACCACGUACCUGAGUCUCACCAGUCUCACCAAGUCCAUCAAUCUCAUCACGCUAUCCCUGUGCACUCCGCUCACGAAUCUCUGAGCCACCACCAAGCUCCUCAAUACCACCAGGCCGCGUACCAUCACCAGCCCGAAGCUCACUCAGCCCACUCCGCCCAUUUAGCUCACUCUCACGACGAACCCGUUGACUAUUACGCGUACCCGAAGUACCAGUAUGAGUACAAAGUGGAAGACCCUCACACCGGAGACAACAAAUUCCAGCAUGAGGUGAGGGAUGGGGACGUCGUUAAGGGAGUUUACUCUUUGCACGAGGCUGACGGAUCAGUCAGAACUGUUGAGUACACUUCGGACAAACACAACGGAUUCAAUGCUGUAGUGAAACACUCUGCCCCCGGUCAACACGUGCAUAUUGAAAGCCAUCAUCGCAACUAAAAUUUAAGUUCGCAUGCCUCAAGA